AAUUAAUUAAAAAAAAAAAUUAAUAUCAAAAUAAUGAAAAAAGUAGAUAUUUUUGGAAGCCAAGUUUCAUUUAGGCUUAAUGGAAUAGUCUAACACAAAACUAAAUUUGGGGCAUUUUUUACUAUUUUACUUUUUGGAAUUAUAGUUUAUAGAAUAAUUUUCUUAAUUUUUUAAGUUAUUCUAGGAUCAAACCCAAAAGUUUUGUAUUAAGAAAGAUAAGUUGACAAUCCCAAAGCAUUCAUUAUAUCACCGCAAACUUUUUCGAUGGCUAUAGGACUUUUAAAUACUAAUUAUACAUAUUUUGUAGAUGAAAGAAUCUUUACAAUCUAAGGCAUUCAUCGAGUUAAAUAAAAUAUUUUCAAUUAAACAACAAAUUAAUAUGAUGAAGUGUUUACAGAUAACUAUUUUGACCUUGUUAAUUGUACAAAAGACCAUAUUCCUGAUGAUAAAUUAAGAUCAUAUUUUGAAAAAUCUUAACUUUACUCACAUUUAUGUCUACCACUAGAUAAGUAACUUGAAAUAGAAGGUUAGUAUAAUUCUGAUAAUUAUUAGGAAAUAAAUUUUUACUUUGAAAAGUGUGUUGGAAAUGGAUGCUUAGAUUAGAAAUAUAUAGCUGAUUUACUUAAUAAACAUUAUAUUGAACUUUUGUUUACUGAUGUUUAUUUCUCACCACAAACAAAAAAUUAUCCUUUUAAUAGAUAUUCAAGGGAUUUAUACUGGUAGUCAAGCUAAAAUUUACCUAAAGAAGUAAACAUGUAUAUGAGAAAUAACUAUGUUGAAACUGAUUAUGGCUGGCUUACUCCUAAUAUCGUUACAGAUAUUUUUCCACAAUACAGUUACGAUGAUAACCAAAUUGUUGAUAUCUCAAAUAACUUCUUCUUUCACCUUGUGAUUAGGUUUGAGAAAUAAAAAGAAAAUUUAUAUUAAAGGAGUUAUGAUACUGUUUUUACAAUUAUGUCUUAAAUAGGUGGAUUUACCUAAAUACUUCUAACAAUAUUUUCAUUUGUAUGCAUAAAAUAUUCACAAAUAGAUCUAAAUCGAUCUUUAAUAAAUCAGUAAUACGAUUUUUAAGAAGCCUCUAACAAAACAGAGUAAACUAAUUUUAGUACACCACUAAUAUAGAGUAUUAAAAUUAACAAUAGUAUUUUAGAUUUAGACUAAUAAAAAAAAGUUGAUAAGCAGCUUUCUAUAUUUUCAAAAACUUGCAUUUAUAAAGAAAAAGCCUUUAAUGAUAAAAAAUAGUUAUCAACUUGUUAAAUCAAGCAAUAGAAAUUAAUUUCCCCGUAAAAUUAAAAAAUGGAUACAAUUAAUAACAAUUCUGUUUAAUUAGAGCAGUUUAAGUAAAAUAAAGAGUUUUAGGGGACUUAAUAAACUAUUGUUAAUAAAUAAAAUGAUGAUAAUACAAACUCUUCAUUACUUUACAAUCAAUUCUAAAAGUUAAAUGAAGUAAAUAAUACUAAAUAAAGUUUUUAAAAUAUUUUUGCCAAAGAAAAAUAAACUAAAAUAGAUUAAAGUAUACUUAACUUAUUGGAUGAAAAAAAAUAUCAAUUCUUUAGCAAUUUAUAAUAGGAAUAAAAGAAUGUAAAAUAGUAAAAUAUGUAAAGAAACUAUAGCCAAUUUAAUCUAAAAAGAUAUAUCAAUACUUAAGAAGAAGAUAAUGAUACCUUUAAUAUAGAGUAAGAAGAUAUUAUCUCAAAUGAUAAUAUGCAAAAAUAUGAUUUUAGACAAUAUUCAGGUCCAAGUAUGUUAUCUCAUAAUCUGAGUAGAAGUUACUUAAGGAGAAAUAAGUUAUUAGAAAUCGAUAAAACCGAACAAUUAUGA